GCUGGUCUCCUGUACACUUGACCCAACGACCUCGUUGAUGCCCAACAAGGGCAUCAAAAGAGACGAAAAGCUCGUGAAAGAUAAAGAAAAACCAAACCCCAUUUUACAUUAACAUUCCAAUCGAGACCUUUGUUUGUUCCUUUCUCUCUCUCCACCUUGCUGUAGUAGUUCCUCUUUGUUUCCUUCUUUUCGAUCUCUCUCGCGACUUAUGUCGAACAUAUGGUGGGCAGUUUGAUAAUUGUCUACUGGUAUUACCAAUUUUGAUUUUCCUAUACAGAAAGCUGUUUGAGGGGAGGAGAAGGGAUUGCAUUUUUUAGGGCGAUGCGCGAGUGAACGUAGAGAGCGGAUGGAGGGAGCAGAGGAGGAGCUGGAGAGGAGGAGCAAGUUCUUGAGCAGUUUGAUACAGAAGAAAAAGGCCGAAGAACAGCAGCAGCAGAAAGAGAGCCUCAAUGUUCGCGUCAGAGCUUCUGAUAUGCCGAUUCCACUGCAGAGCAGAGCAUUUCGUUGCGCCCGUGAGUUAAUUGAUUCCAUGCCAGGAAAGCUUGACAGCAAACGUCUAGCUCUUGCUCUCAAGAAGGAAUUUGACUCAUUAUAUGGUCCGGCCUGGCACUGCAUUGUCGGAACAAGCUUUGGUUCAUAUGUCACACAUUCCAUAGGAGGCUUCUUGUAUUUUUCAAUUGACAAGGUCUACGUCCUUCUCUUUAGGACGGCCGUAGAGCCUUUAGACCAUUGACAAAUUUUCUGAUCAUAUCGGAGUUGUGGAUUUUUGUCUUGUUAAAUGACAUCGCAGGUUUCCACUGCAAAAUUAUAUGUAAGCUCAUGGCUGUAAUAUUUACAAUUCAGUACUGUCUUCUCUUUUGAGGUUUUUCUCCGUUGUAUCAGUA